GAAAGCGGAAACACAACGCAGAUGAUCUGGCACUGGAGCGAAAGAGAAAUGAUCAAAUAAAUAAGACAACACGUUAUUUAUUUUGCGCUAGGAGAAUAAGAUUUGUGCUGUUGUAGGGCUGUUAAUGUUAACCAUGGUCUGAUUAUUCGCUUUGCGCUAAUUUGAAUGUGAAUGUUUCAGUUUAAGGAUUAAGUUUAAGGUUAGGGCUGUUCAAGGGAUUAAAGGAGUGAUUUUGUACUGAGUCGAAUCCAUUUAGGUGAAAAAUCAGCAGAGUGGUGAUGUGAUGGCAGCUGCCAGUGUGAGUCGACCCGGCGGUUUGCCCAACACAGAGAAAUCACAGCUCACCUUAAAAGUGCUAUCAGCGAGGCCUCAGUCUCCGAAGCUCCCAGCUCGUCUGGCGCGUGGCAGCUCGUUUGUGGAGGUGACGGCUGACGGUCUGAGCACCGAGACCAAGAAAACCUGCAAACGCAGUGGAAACGACCUGCAGUGGAACGAAGACCUCACACUUAACGUGACUCCUCUGAGCCGGCUGGAUCUGAAGUUGUGGAAUUGUCACACUCUGAGGAAGGAGCUCCUGGGCAGCGCCACCAUCGACCUGCUCGACACACUGCGCACUCAUCACGGGAAAAUGGAGAACGUGGAGCUCAGUCUGGAGCUACAGAUGGAGAAUAAAGGCCUGGUUGUGUCGGGUGGAGAGCUGAACGUCUGUUUGGACGGCUUGGUUGUUGAUCUGGGAUCACUGCCCAAUCACGGUGCAGAAACCGACAAGCUGCUGCAGACAGAGUGUACCGAGCUUCUCAGGACUCAGGGCUCGGAGACGGACGGCUCGGCUAACAGCCCCCGCAGAAAUCCGAGAGCAGCAAGUGUAGAUUCUCCUGGAGCUUCAAGAGGAACAGUGCUCACUAAUGGAGAUGCAAACACAGACUCAACACACCAUAACACAGAUAAAGGUAAUCCUGUGGCAGAAGAAAAUGGGCAUAGCCAGAACACCCCUCCAUCAUCAUCACUCCGACCAGAUGCCCCUCCCGCUGACACUUCUGCCCCGCCUCCAUCAGCGGAUUCAGCUCCGCCUACACAGGAUCAAAACACACAGCCAGCUGUGGAGGAUUUACCUGCAGGCUGGGAGCAGAGAGUGUUGCCUCAUGGCCGAGUGUACUAUGUGGACCACAACACUAAGACUACUACGUGGGAGAGGCCCCUCCCUCAGGGGUGGGAGAAGCGUGUAGAUCAGCGUGGCAGGUUUUACUAUGUGGACCACAACACACGGACGACGACGUGGCAGCGGCCCACAGCCGAGUCGGUCAGGAACUUCGAGCAGUGGCAGAGUCAGCGCAGUCAGCUGCAGGGGGCCAUGCACCUGUUCAACCAGAGAUACCUGUACCAGUCGUCUGGAGCUCCGGUUGAGAAUGAUCCUCUGGGUGCUCUUCCUCCAGGAUGGGAAAAGCGUCAGGACAAUGGCAGAGUUUAUUUUGUCAAUCACAACACUCGCACCACACAGUGGGAAGAUCCUCGAACCCAAGGGAUGAUCCACGAGCCCCCGCUGCCCCCUGGCUGGGAGAUGAAGUACACUGCUGAGGGUGUGAGAUACUUUGUGGAUCAUAAUUCUCGCACCACUACCUUCAAAGACCCGCGGCCGGGAUUCGAGUCAGGCUCACGACAGGGUGGAUCUCCAGGUGCAUAUGACCGCAGCUUCAGGUGGAAAUAUCACCAGUUCCGCUUCCUGUGCCAUUCCAACGCUCUGCCCAGUCAUGUGAAGAUUUCAGUUUCGAGGCAGACUCUGUUCGAGGACUCAUUUCAGCAGAUUAUGAACAUGAAGCCGUAUGACCUGCGCAGGAGGCUCUACAUCAUAAUGAGAGGAGAGGAGGGGCUCGACUACGGCGGCAUCGCCAGGCAAUGGUUCUUCCUGCUGUCCCAUGAGGUGUUGAACCCGAUGUACUGUCUGUUUGAAUACGCCGGUAAAAAUAACUACUGUCUGCAGAUAAACCCCGCCUCCUCCAUAAACCCCGACCACCUCACCUACUUCCGCUUCAUUGGACGCUUUAUCGCUAUGGCGCUGUAUCAUGGGAAGUUUAUCGAUACGGGCUUCACUCUUCCCUUCUACAAGCGCAUGCUGAAUAAAAAACCCACGCUGAAGGACCUGGAGUCCAUCGAUCCGGAGUUCUACAACUCCAUCCUCUGGGUCAAGGAAAACGAUGUUGAGGAGUGUGGAGUCGAGCUGUAUUUUGCACAGGACAUGGAGAUUUUGGGGAAGGUGUCCACACACUCGCUGAAGGACGACGGUGAGAACCUGCUCGUCACCCAGGACAACAAGGAGGAGUACAUCAGUUUGCUGACAGACUGGCGGUUCUCACGGGGAGUGGAGGAACAGACCAAAGCGUUUCUGGACGGCUUUAACGAAGUUGUUCCACUCGAAUGGCUUCGCUACUUUGAUGAGAAAGAGCUGGAGCUGAUGCUGUGUGGGAUGCAGGAGAUCGAUCUGAGUGAUUGGCAGAAAAACACCAUCUAUCGCCAUUACACCAAGAACAGCAAACAGAUCCACUGGUUCUGGCAGGUGGUGAAGGAGAUGGAUAAUGAGAAAAGGAUUCGACUGCUGCAGUUUGUCACGGGAACGUGCCGGCUUCCCGUGGGAGGAUUCACCGAGCUGAUAGGGAGUAACGGACCACAGAAGUUCUGCAUCGACAAAGUGGGCAAGGAAACAUGGCUGCCGAGAAGCCACACCUGCUUCAACCGUCUGGACCUGCCGCCGUACAAGAACCUGGAACAGCUGCGUGAGAAACUCCUGUUCGCCAUCGAAGAGACCGAGGGCUUCGGCCAGGAGUGAGCGAGAGUGAGAGAGAGAGAGAGAGAAAGAGAGAGUGUGAGAGAGAGAGAGAGUGAGAGUGAGAGUGGACACUGACUCUACACUCCUCUCGUGCACUGUCUGAGGACGGGGACACAAAAGCCUGAGCAAGACAAAUCCACUGAUUUACACCAUCAGCGCAAGAUAUCAGCACUCUGACAUUCAUUUACACUCAUUAUAAAAAUAACAACAACAACAAUAAUAAUAAUAAUAAUAAUAAUAAUAAUAAUAAAAUUAUAUUUAUGUAGCA